CGAUAGCAGCGAGGUUCCUGGCGCUGCUUCCAGGCUCCUCCGCGGCGGGGCGAGUCCGGGUGCUGGCGCCGAGAUGCGCCCCCUGCUCGGCCUCCUCCUGGUCUUCGCCGGCUGCACCUUCGCCCUGUACUUGCUGUCGACGCGACUGCCCCGCAGGUCGACACUGGGCACAGCCAAGGAGGCUGGAGACAGGUCACUGUGGUUCCCCUCGGACCUGGCCGAGCUGCGGGAACUCUCCGAGGUCCUUCGAGAGUACCGGAAGGAGCAUCAGGCCUACGUGUUCCUGCUUUUCUGCAGUGCCUACCUCUACAAACAGGGCUUUGCCAUCCCUGGCUCCAGCUUCCUGAAUGUUUUAGCCGGUGCUUUGUUUGGGCCAUGGCUGGGGCUUCUGCUGUGCUGUGUGCUGACCUCGGUGGGUGCCACAUGCUGCUACCUGCUCUCCAGUGUUUUUGGCAAACAGCUGGUGGUCUCCUAUUUUCCUGACAGAGUGGCCCUGCUGCAGAGGAAGGUGGAGGAGAACAGAAACAGCUUGUUUUUUUUCUUACUGUUUUUGAGACUUUUCCCCAUGACGCCAAACUGGUUCUUGAACCUCUCGGCCCCAAUUCUGAACAUCCCCAUCGUGCAGUUUUUCUUCUCUGUUCUUAUCGGUUUGAUCCCAUAUAAUUUCAUCUGUGUGCAGACGGGCUCCAUCCUGUCAACCCUGACUUCUCUGGAUGCUCUUUUCUCUGGGGAAACUGCCUUUAAGCUGUUGGCCAUUGCCCUGGUGGCCUUAGUUCCUGGAACCCUCAUUAAAAAUUUUAGUCAGAAGGACCUACAUUUGAAUGAAACAAGCAAUGCUCAUCAUCUAAAUAGUAGAAAGGACACGUGAUCUGGAUCCUUCGGUUGCUGCGUCCCUGGACUCUACUGUUUAUUUGUGUAAUGGGCGUGGUCCUCUGAAGCCCCUCAUUGUUGUUGUUGUUUUUUUUUAAAGUAUUUGUUUAUUUAUUUAUUUAUGGCUGUGUUGGGUCUUUGUUUCUGUGCGAGGGCUUUCUCUAGUUGUGGCAAGCGGGGGCCACUCUUCAUCGCGGUGCGCGGGCCUCUCACUAUUGCAGCCUCUCUUGUUGCGGAGCACAGGCUCCAGACGCGCAGGCUCAGUAAUUGUGGCUCACGGGCCCAGCUGCUCCGCGGUACGUGGGAUCUUCCCAGACCAGGGCUCGAACCCGUGUCCCCUGCAUUGGCAGGCAGAUUCUCAACCACUGCACCACCAGGGAAGCCCCCCUCAUUGUUUUUAAAUUAUUCUCAACAGGUGAUUUGGACACUAUUCUUCUGUGUGCACUGUCUUGUCAUGAAGGACACUGUGCUCUAGAAGGUGAAUUAUAUCAGGUUCUCAAACCAGCCCUGAUUUAGCAGGACACUCUGCAAAACGGAUGGCCUCCUAGCAAAUCCUGUUUGUAUUUUACUGAAUAACAAGGAACUCGGGCCAAGUCCUGAGCUGCUUCGGGAGAGGAUGCUGAUUGCCCUCGUCCAGGGCGCCUUUUCUGCACAGUGAUCAGCUGUUGUGACAGGUGUUAUCCUUUUACGUCCCUCGUGGACAUGAUUAGUGUAGAUAAUGACGUGUGAACCCAUGUCACUGACACCACUCUUCAUCUUGUUAGUCUCCUGAAGAGAGAUCCUUCUGCACUGUUUUGCUGAUGACCUACCUCUUCCAUAAAUCAGAGGAAACAAGCUGACAAACUGCAUAGGAUUUCCACGUACAGCUCAAAAGCACAGUGAUUGCUGUGAUGCUCUUUGUGUUCAGACGCACUGUUACCACAUAUGUCACAUCUCCUCUUGGUUGCAUGUCCUGACAAUUCAGCUGAUUGCAAACAGACUAUUAAAUAUCAAUGGUGCAAACUCUGUAUGUUAUGAAUAUAUUCUGGAGAAGUUCUUACCCAUCUGGAUGGGCAGAACCCUUGACUCACUUGAACCAAAUGACUGUCAGUACAUUUUCUAGACUGUCCUUUCUGUGUGGGAAUCCCUCCUCUGUUUUGCUGGGACAAUGGAUUCAAUACACUCCAAUAUCACCCAGUAUACCCUCUGAAUACUUUUUUUCAUUUUGUCAUUUCCUGAGAAUAACUGAGGGAUAACUCUAUUUUAUCUUUUAAUUCAAGGGAAUUAAGGGGAAAAUUUGGUUUUGGAUUAAUUUGUUGUGUUCUAUUUUAAUGAUCUGUAGCUGUCAUGGCUUCCUGUGGCUGCAGUAUUGAAUUGGCACAGACCUGGGUUCAUGCUUCCAAGGACAGAAGGGCCUUGGCACCUAAAAUGACCAGCUCUGGGAUCCUGUACCCUACAGGAGUAACUCUUCAUUUCUUAUAAGAACUGUUGUCCCUGGGCCCCAUCUGCUGGGUUUUUGAUUUGGCUUGGCCAAAAAUCUUGCCAAGGCUUUAAUGUAG